AUGGGCCUUACCGUCCUACCCGCUUUAAUCCCCGACAUCCCCAAGGUAUACGAUGCAUACUUUGCAGCGUUCAAGGGGGACGCCCUCAUCGAUCUCCUCUUCCCGGGGGGCAUCGACGAGGCCUUCCGCGAGGAUCACACGAAGCACACGCUAAGCUACUGGCACAAGAGCGACACCCAGUACACGCUCAAGUGCGUCGACUCGGAAACGGGCGAGAUCGUGGGCAUGGCCCUCUGGGACGUCUUCCUCAAGGAGCGCACCCCGGAAGAAUACGAAUUCCAGGGCAUUACUUGGCUCAAGGGCGAAGACAGAGAAAAGGCCGAGGAGCUGGUCAGCCCGAUCUGUGACAUUAAGGCGAAGCUCUGGGGUGGCCGGAGACACGUUUACUGUCAUGUCAUUGCUGUAAGGCCGGAGCACCAGAGAAGAGGUGUCGGUGCCCUCCUGACGAAAUGGGGACUCGACAUGGCCGAGCUGGCGGGACUGCCCGUCUACCUCGAGUCCUCUCCAGUGGGUUACCCACUUUACAACCGCUUGGGUUUCGAAACGCUCGAUGAGAAGGUUGUCCACCGGGCUGCGUUGGUGAAGAAGAAGAAGGACGUCGAGAUUCCCUUGAUGGUCAAGAUGCCGUCCAUCGCCAAGGGCCUGACGUUCAAGGAGUGGCGUGCUCAGGGAUACCCGCCUUUCAAAUGA